AUGGCGACCCCCAAUGCUCUCCGUCUGGAAACAGUCACCCUCGACGAUGUCCCUGCCAUGACUGAAGUCUGGUUCGCGGCGUUCACAGACCCUGACCUGCGACGCCUAUGGCCUGAUACUCCGGGCGUACGCAAGUGGUGGGACGAUGCGAACCACCACGAUCUCCUCAACAAGCCCUUCCAGCGCUACGUGAAAAUCAUCGACCCCGAAUCCACCGACGCCCACGGUCGGGCCCGGAUAGCCGCCUACGCGAAAUGGGACCUGGCUAUGCCCGAGGAGCGAGGACGUCGGUACCCGCCCUGGAAUGAGGACAUGCCUGGCGAAGAGUGCGAUACAUUCUUUGCGAGAGAGGAAAGCGAGAGACGACGGGUCAUGGGCGAUCAGAAGCAUUACUAUCUGGAUACCCUCGCCACACACCCUGACUACCAGCGACGCGGUGCCGGCUCCAUGCUUCUCAAAUGGGGCUGUGAUCUUGCGGAUGCUAAUGGCGUCGGGGCGUACGUGGAUGCCAGUAAAGCUGGUGCCCCGUUGUACCAGCGGUUUGGGUUCGUCGAUGAAAGUGAGCCUGGCUCUGGCGAUGUUGCCUCGAUGGCUCGACGAUAG